AUGAAGAUGCCACUGGCCCUGCUCCUCUUUCUGUUCACCCUGACCAUCUUUGCAGAUUCUUCCCCAAUACUGACAGAAAAACAAGCUAAGCAACUCUUGAGAAGUCGGCGACAGGAUCGGCCCAGCAAACCCGGUUUCCCUGAUGAGCCAAUGCGGGAGUACAUGCUUCACCUUCUUUGGCUGGAGCAGAGAGCAGAGGAGCAAUUUCUUGAGCAUUGGCUGAAUCCACACUGCAAGCCACACUGUGAUAGGAAUCUGGUCCAUCCUGUCUAA